UAAUGUUAUCGUUAAAAAUAACGAGAAAAUCUCAUGAAUUUAUAAUGAGAGUCAGUCACGAAAUGGUCAGCUGCAUCACUUGCAUCUACACAUGCAGCUGCUCGUUGUCGUGACUUGUGAUUUGUAGAUGGCGUUGGUUUUGUGAAUAAAUCCUGUUCGUCGUUUUCUCCUUCUUAACUGUAAAUAUUAUCGUCCUCGACCAAAACAUACCACAGUCUGCCUUUAUAAACGCACUAAUAUUAUAAUUGAAAAUGGGAUAUAGGUUAAGUAAACCAGUGGAAGAACAAUUUAAAAAAAAUCAAGAAUUUAUGUUACAGCUUCAAAAAUUACAAAUUGAACGUCAGAUUCAUGUUCAAAAUCAGAUGAGAGAAAGAAUGGCUGCUAUGCAAAUAGCACGUUCGAGAGAAUUGCUUUAUUGGCUUGGUUCUUUUUAUGUUUUAGCAACGAUAGGCUUGAUUGUUGGAUACAGGAAAACAAAAAGAACAAGAACUUUGAUACCAAUUUUUCCUCUUACUUAUAUUGUUGCAUAUCAAGCUGAUUUAGCUUACGGGAAUAAACUUAUUCGUAUACAAGGUGAGGCAGAAAAUAUUCUUCAGUUUGAAAAUGAAUUAGUUGAACUUCCUCGAGGAAUUCCUAGUUUUCAAACUAUUGAAAAAGCAAGAGAACAUAUGCACGAAGAAGAUAACUUGAAGAAAGCACAUGAUAUUUUUCUCUAGUACAAAUUAUUCCAGUAUAUCAGGUGGUAACAACACUGCCCAGCACAAAUAUUGACAAAAUUAUUGUCAGAUUUGUGAUUUUAAAGUGUUUUUUACUUAUUGUAAUUACAGUUAAUUUUAAAAUUUAAUUAAAUAAUUCUAGAAACUUAUUAAAGGUAAGAAAAAUAA